AUGAUUUUAUAGGCUUGUUCUAGAAGUGGAAGGACGGCUUCACGUCACAAACUCACAAUGUAAAAUAUUACGGAAUUGUUUGACAUUCACUCGCUCAUUAUAGAUAUCGGUCUCUCUAGGCAAACUUGUGUUGACUCUGGACUUUUCCUGUCUUCAACCUUGUUCAAUGUUGAAGCAUUCCGCUGGUCACGAAUUUAAUAGUCCCAACAACAGCAGCACAUUGUCUGCCUUGUCUCCUCAUCUAUAUAUAUCAACGUCUAUACUGGUUGGCUUAUAUUCUCUUCUGCAUAAAAUCCCAGCUCCUCCUCCUCUGCCAUUUCAGUUGCAGUUUGACCUUAUCGUUUAUAGAGUUGAUUGAUUUCUUCUUCUGCGUGAUGGGUUGUCGAGUUUUGCUGGGUUUUCUGCUUGCAGCAGCAGCAGUCAUUGCAUCAGUGGAUUGCAACUCUGAAGGUGAUAUUCUGAAUGCCUGGAAAACCCAGUUGAGCGACCCAAACAAUGUCCUUCAGAGCUGGGACCCAACUUUGGUCAACCCAUGCACCUUUUUCCACGUUACUUGCAAUUCCGAAAACAGCGUUACAAGGCUGGACCUUGGGAAUGCAAGCCUGUCAGGACCUCUUAUCCCUGAGCUUGGAAACUUGACUAACCUUCAAUACUUGGAGGUGUUUGGCAACAGACUGUCUGGAUCUAUUCCAAAUGAAAUUGGUAACUUAAGAAACUUGGUCAGCUUGGACCUCUACAAGAACAAUUUCACAGGGAGAAUUCCAAAAUCAUUUGGACACUUGCAUUUCUUGAGGUUCUUGAGGGUCUUUAGCAAUAGCUUGAUCGGACGUAUUCCUCCAAAUUUCGGCAAUUUGACAUCUUUGGAAAUUCUGGAAUUAAACAGUAACAGGCUCACUGGCCCUCUACCAUUUGUGGUCCUUGAACUGGUUCGAUUUGGGCAGCUGAAGCAUUUGGACGUCUCAGACAAUCUGUUGGCAGGGACUGUAGACCGCACCAAUUCAACAAGAUUUCGAGUUACCACAAUAAUACAAGAUCCACAAGCUUAGAAAUAAGCGAAGCGAAGGAAGCUACUGCUAUAUAUCAAAUAAAAUCCGUAUCUCUAAAGCCCAAUAAAACCUCUACAUGUACAUGUAAGCUUUAUACUAUUCUCUUUUCAUUUCAUAGAGAGUGAUAUUUUUUGAUCCACUCUUGGAAUUAUUGUAUUUAAUUUAAAGUCAUGUAGAGCUUAUCAAUUCCAAUUAUUUAUCAUUAUAAGUCUUCGAUAUUUUAA